AGCUUCAAGUCGAGGACGCAAAACAUAGCCCGAUCGAGCGAGCAUCGAUCGCCAUGCUUGCUUCCCUCGGCAGCUUCCUCUCUUCCCUGCCCUUCCUCGUCCCCCCCACGGAGAAGCCCCCGCCUCCUCCCCCCGUCCCUUUCCCGAAGCCUAAAACCGAUGGGUUCCCUCCCGCCUCCAUCCGCAGCUCGGCCCCUGUUCGGCCCCCCUCGGAGGUGACAAUGCCGGCGGAGAAGGAAGGGCUCGUCUGCAGCUGCUAUCCAUCCUUGGCAUUGGCUAACCUGUUCUACGCCCGGGGAGGGUAUUACAACGCGCAGGUGGUGGUCGGGGAGGACGAGCCGGAGGAGGUGCUGCUGCGGAGGUUCAAGAGGGAGGUCAUGAAGGCCGGGGUCAUCCAGGAGUGCAAGAGGAGACGUUGGUUCGAGAACGAGCAGGAGAAGAAGAAGCGCAAGGCCCGUGAUGCGGCCCGGAGGAAUCGGAAGAGGCGUUAUCAACCAAAAGUCCGUAAGCAAGAUAACCAGGAAGAACCAAAGGCAAACAUACGGGAGGAGGAGGAGGAGAAAGACAAUUGGGAAAUUCCUGAAGGAGAACUUCCUUAUUGCACCUAGGAUGCCUUAGUGGAGGAACCUGCAGUAUUUUCAUGGUUUUGUUUUUGAAAGCCAUUUAAGCUAGAGUUAGCUACUACUAACUGAUGCCGAUGUGUUUUGUCCUUUCUUUCUCCUUUAUGUUUUUUUUUUUUUCUCUUUUCGAAUAAAGCAAUGGUAUGAAAAUGACAAAGGUCUUAAACAUUUGGUGCCUGUAUAUUAUGAUACAAUAUCUAUUGAUGGUGCCUCCUUCAAGUUAAUUUUC